AUGUAUCAGCACAUCCUUGCUUUGGUGUUUACUAUCAAGGAGAUCAAUAGGAACCCUGAGCUCUUACCGAACAUCACAUUGGGUUUCCACAUUGUGAACAAUUAUUUUCCUGUGAGGAUAACCUAUAAGGCAACCUUGAGCUUACUUUCUACACAGCAGAAGUUUGUUCCCAACUUUACCUGUGAUUUAAAGAAAACAUUUAUUGCUGCUAUUGGAGGACGUUUGGCGGAGAGCUCAUUCAUCAUGGCCACAGUUCUUGCCAACUACAAGAUUCCACAGCUUGCCUAUGGAACAUUUUCUUCAGUACAUGGUGAGAAAAAUCUAUUCCCAUCUUUGUACCAGAUGGUCCCAAGUGAAAUGCAUCAAUACUCUGGGGUUAUUCAAUUACUUCAGCAUUUUGGAUGGAAUUGGAUUGGGAUCUUGGCUAUGGAUGAUUACUAUGGGGACAUGUUUUUGCAGGAAAUUGAACCAUUGCUUUCCCAAAACAACAUUUGUUAUGCUUUCAUAUUUAGACCACCACAGAAAGCAUAUGUAGAUGAAUAUAUACACUUGAUUGCAACGGAGUUAAGAUAUGAUCAACUCUUUAUGGAUGAUAAAGUCAAAGUGUGUUUAAUCUAUGCCCUAACUCCAGCCAUGGAAAAUCUGAGAAUUAUCAUCUUUGUAACAUCUUGGACUUCAUUGCCAUCUUUGGGUAAAGUGUGGAUUAUAACAUCCCAUUGGAAUUUUGAAUCACUGUCCAUUCAGAGAGUUUGGGAUAUACAGAGUUUCCAUGGUGCUCUGUCAUUUGCAGUUCGCUCAAAAGAGCCCCCUGGAUUCCAAGAAUUUCUUCACAGUGUAAGGCCAUAUUGGGCAAAAGAAGACAAUUUCAUUCAGAAUUUUUGGGAGCAGGCAUUUGACUGCCCAUUACACUCUUCUAGUUUAAAUGAAGAUAACAAGUUUCAUUCUUACUUGCAAAGCAUCGUAUUCAAUAACAAUAUGGGAGACACUAUUACGUUUGAUGAAAACAGAGAACUGAUUAUGGGUUUUGAUGUUGCAAACUGGAUUACUUUCCCCAAUAAUUCCUUUUCUCGAGUCAAAGUUGGAACAUUGGAACCUCAGGCUCCACCAGGCAAAGGUUUAGCUCUUAAUGACAAUCAAAUUCUAUGGCACAGAAGCUUUAAUCAGGUGCUUCCUCUUUCUGUGUGCAAUGACCACUGCUAUCCAGGCUCCUGCAGAAAGAAGAAGGAAGGAGAGAAAUUUUGUUGCUAUGAUUGUGUGCCCUGUUCAGAAGGACAGAUUUCUGAUGAAAUAGAUAUGGAUACCUGCAUGAAAUGUCCAGUAAAUGAAUAUCCCAACAAUAUCCAAAAUCAAUGUAUUCCCAAAAUGUUUACCUAUCUCUCUUAUAACGAAUCUUUGGGAAUCCUGUUUGUUACUUUGGCUAUUGUUUUCUCUUUAAUGUCACUCCUUGUGGUUGGACUAUUUUGGAGGCAUCGAGAGACUCCAAUUGUCAAAGCCAACAACUGGAGCCUCACUUGUACCCUCCUUUUCUCCCUUUUAUUCUGCUUCCUCUGCUCCUUCCUCUUCAUGGGAAGACCUGAAAAAAUGACCUGUUUUCUCCGACAAACAACUUUUGGCAUUAUCUUCUCAGUGGCCCUUUCAUCUAUAUUGGCAAAAACCAUGAUUGUGAUUCUGGCAUUUAUGGCAACUAAACCAGGCUCUGGAAUGAGGAAAUGGGUAGGGAAAGGACUGGCCAAUUCUAUUGUCCUUUUGGGUUCCUUCAUCCAGGUGGGAAUUUGCACAGUUUGGUUGAGUACCUCUCCCCCUUUCCCAGAUACAGACCUGCACUCACUGAAGGGAGAAAUCAUAAUGGAAUGUAAUGAAGGCUCAGUGAUCAUGUUUUACUGUGUCCUGGGUUACAUGGGCUUCCUGGCUAUUGUCAGCUUUAACAUUGCUUUUCAAGCCAGAAAGCUUCCCAGCAGUUUCAAUGAGGCCAAGUUUAUCACUUUCAGCAUGUUGGUAUUUUGCAGCGUUUGGCUGACUUUUGUUCCAACCUACCUGAGUACCAAAGGGAAAUACAUGGUAGCUGUGGAGAUCUUUUCUAUCUUAUCCUCCAGUUCUGGUUUAUUGGGCUGUAUAUUUUUCCCCAAAUGCUACAUCAUUUUACUGAGACCUGAGAUGAACAAGAAAGAACAUUUAAUAAGGAAAGAAAAGUUCUGCACAUCAUCACUAGUUACAUCAGGAUCUGGAGAACAUGGAGGAGUGUGCCCACCUUUUAUACCUGUGGGCGGGGAUUCAGGAACACCACCUGGAGCUGCUGUGACCACUCUAGGAUAUUGCCCCCAUCCAUUCUCAACUUGGGAAAGUCUAUUGGCGGAAGAGCGCAUGCGCGAAGUCCAUUUCAGCUCCGCCGUCGCCGUGGAAGGACCUGUUCAUCGCGGCUCCGGUGUAGAGGCCUCUAUCGGUCGGGUAGGCCUCGGCUUCGGUCUUGGGGGUCCAGGUGUGCUCCGGAAGACGUCGUCCAGCAGCUGCUUCUCCGGAAUGAAGAUCCUGGCAGCGCUGAAGCUCCAGCGAUGGCUGUUCUGCACAUCAUCACUAGUUACAUCAGGAUCUGGAGAACAUGGAGGAGUGUGCCCACCUUUUAUACCUGUGGGCGGGGAUUCAGGUGCUUCCCCUUUCUGUGUGCAAUGACCACUGCUAUCCAGGCUCCUGCAGAAAGAAGAAGGAAGGAGAGAAAUUUUGUUGCUAUGAUUGUGUGCCCUGUUCAGAAGGACAGAUUUCUGAUGAAAUAGGUAGGACAAAAAGAUAUGAGGACUUUGGCUAGCUGAACAGCAAAA